GUCACCUAGGCUAGACGCAUAGACAAGCUCACGUAGGCUUCAACGAGUAAAAACGCUACGCGGAGCAGUGCCAAAGAUGAUGCACAGCCGCCGUGGCGCGCGGACCUUUGCCGGCCUGGCCGUCUGCGCGGUCGGGGCGGCCGUCCUCCUCCUCGGGAACACGGCGCGACGGCGGCUCGGGGACGCCUCGGUGGACGAGGUGACGGGGCACAAGCGCCUCGCCCCGACGGACGCGACGGACGUCGCCGGCUUUGUCUGCGCCGCGCUGGGUCUCGUCAUCGCGGCGGGCGGCGGGAUCGGCGGCGGGGGCAUGCUGGUGCCGAUCUACGUGCUGGUGAUGGGCUUCAAGCCGAAGUUUGCGAUCCCGCUCUCGAACAUGACGGUGCUGGGCGGCGCCAUCGCGAACGUGGCCAUGAACGCGCGGAAGCGCCACCCGCUGGCCGACCGCGCGCUCGUGGACUGGGACCUGCUGGUGCUGAUGGAGCCGCUGACGCUCGCCGGCGCGCUGGCCGGCGGCUUCGCGAACAAAAUCGCGCCGGAGCUGGUCAUUACGGUGCUCUUGGUGGUCCUGCUCUACCUGACCUCCGAGCGGACCGUCAAGAAGGGCCUGAAGCUCUACGCGAAGGAGUCCGCGGCGUUCUCGGCCAUGGCGGACGCGCGCGUCGCGCUGGACGACGCGGAGCGGCAGGAGGAGACCAAGGGGCUGCUCGACGACGACGGCGGCGAGCCGAAGGGCGUCGACGACGAGAAACGGGCGGCGCUGGGCCGGAUCCUCGCGGAGGAGCGACGCGCGUUCCCGCCCGACAAGGUCGCCGUCCUGGCGGGCAUGUUCGUCCUGACGGUCGCGAUGAACCUGGCGAAGGGCGGCGGCGCCUUCCCGUCGCCGUUCGGGAUCGAGUGCGGCACGGCGUCCUACUGGGCCCUGACGGCGGCGAUGUUCGGCGCGCUCGUCGCGAUCUCGCUCGCCGUCCGGGCCUAUUUAGUGAAGCGGACGGAGACCAAGGACGCGUGCGGCUAUGCGUACGUCGAGGGCGACUUUCACUGGGACUCGUCUACGACCCUCAAGUACCCCUGCGUCUGCUUCUUCGCCGGCGUCUGCGCGGGGCUCUUCGGGAUCGGCGGCGGGAUCGUCAACGGCCCCCUCAUGCUCGAGCUCGGCGUCCUGCCGCCCGUCGCGGGGGCCACGACGGCGUGCAUGAUCCUGCUCACGUCGACGACGGCGGCGACGACGUUCCUGACGUUCGGGCUCGUGCAGCUCGACUACGCCAAGAGGCUGUUCUGGGUCGGCGUCGGCGCGACGGCCGUCGGCCAGUUACUCAUGACCCGCCUGGUGAAAAAGACGGGUCGCCAGUCCUACGUCGCAUUUUCCAUUGGCGCGGUCGUGUCUUUGUCGACGGUGCUCAUGGGCUUCCACGGCCUCGUGUCCCUCGCGUCGGACGCUUCCGAGGAGGAGCGCGCCGGCGCCAUCUGCGGCAAAGGCGACUAGCAAAGAGUAGUAGUAGUAUGUAGUCUUUGUUUGCGGG